GGGCGGGUCGAUAUCCAGAAAGAGAGAGAGUGGUUGGUGGCGGCGCGUCUUCUAUGACUGGUCAUUGGUCCGCCUCUGGGAAUAACCGUCCCAGUUGCCGGAGAAACAAUCGGGUCAAGGCUUAAUAACUCACCGGUGAUUGGUGAUGAGGACGAAAGCGGGUUCCCCGGGCCGCCUCUGCCUUUUUAGCUCUUAAGGUUAAAUUUAAAAGCCCAGGUGACUCGUGGAAAUCUGUGCUGCGUGAUGACAGCGACGAUGAAGCUGGUGAGCGGAGUCCGGCGGCUGGGCUGCGUGCUGGCCUUUUGCUUCCUGGCCCUGUUUCUCUGGGGGCUCCCUGUGGCCCGGGCCCUCGACAACGGCUUGGCGAUGACCCCUACCAUGGGCUGGCUGCACUGGGAGCGCUUCAUGUGCAACGUGAACUGCCAAGAAGAGCCGGAUUCCUGUGUCAGUGAGAAGCUCUUUCUUCAGAUAGCUGAGAUCAUGGCCUCAGAUGGCUGGAAGGAUGUAGGCUAUGAGUACCUCUGCAUUGAUGACUGUUGGAUGGCUCCCGAAAGAGAUUCAGAAGGCAGACUUCAGGCAGACCCUAAACGCUUUCCUGGUGGGAUCCGCCGCCUCGCUAAUUAUGUCCAUAGCAAAGGACUGAAGCUAGGGAUUUAUGCAGAUGUUGGAAAUAAAACCUGCGCAGGCUUCCCUGGGAGUUUUGGAUACUAUGACAUUGAUGCCGAGACCUUUGCUGACUGGGGAGUAGAUCUGCUAAAAUUUGACGGUUGUUACUGUGACAGUAUAAAACAUUUGGCAAAUGGUUAUAAGCAUAUGUCCUUGGCCCUGAACAGGACUGGCAGAAGCAUUGUGUACUCCUGUGAGUGGCCCCUUUAUAUGUGGCCCAUUUUUAAGCCCAAUUACACAGAAAUCCGAGAGUACUGCAAUCACUGGAGAAAUUUUGCUGAUGUUUAUGAUUCUUGGCAAAGUAUAAGGAGUAUCUUGGACUGGACAACUUCUAACCAGGAGAGGAUUGUUCCUGUUGCAGGACCAGGAGGUUGGAAUGAUCCAGAUAUGUUGGUGAUUGGCAACUUUGGCCUCAGCCGGGAUCAGCAAAUAACUCAGAUGGCCCUCUGGGCUAUCAUGGCAGCUCCAUUACUCAUGUCCAAUGACCUCCGACACAUCAGCCUUGAAGCCAAAGCCCUUCUUCAGGAUAAGGAUGUAAUUGCCAUCAACCAGGACCCCUUGGGCAAGCAGGGGUACCGGCUUAGAAAGGAGGACAACUUUGAGGUGUGGGAACGCCCUCUCUCUAACUUAGCCUGGGCUGUGGCUAUGGUAAACCUGCAGGAGAUUGGUGGACCUCGUUCUUACACCAUCUCUCUUACUUCCCUGGGUCAAGGACUGGCCUGUAAUCCUGACUGCCUGAUCACGCAGCUCCUCCCUGUGAAGAGGAAGCUUGGGUUUUAUGAAUGGACUUCAAGUUUAAAAACUCAAAUAAAUCCCACAGGCACUGUUUUGCUUAGGCUAGAAAGAGCAAGCUAGACUGCAUUAAAAAGCUUCCUUUAAAAUGUAUUAUUUUGUUGCCAAAGUGACUAUGCCACUUUUGUCCACCUUCAGCUGCUCUUAUUUCCUUGAGAAAAGUUUCUACACUUGAGCUUUUUGAUUACUACUUCUAAAGCUAUCUGGAGAACAUUUUGGGGAAAAGCCUUUGAACCUAAUGUAAACUGCUGAGAAAUAAUAGCUUAAUAAUAUAAUAAGUAAAAUAAUAAUUUACAGACAUACCUCAUGUCAUUGCACUUCACAAAUACUGUGGGUUUUUUUUGGUUUUGGGGGUUUUUUACAAAUUGAAGGUUUGUGGCAACCCUGCGUGUAUCACAAGUCUAUUGGCCCUAUUUUUCCAACAGCAUUUGUUCAUUUCGUCUCUGUGUCACAUUUUGGUAAUUCCUGCAAUAUUUCAAACUUUUUCAUUAUUAUUAUAUUUAUCAUGGUGAUCGCGAUGUUACUACUGCAAAAAAAAUUGUUUCUCUGAAGGCUUAGAUGAUG